AGAACUGCUACGGCUUUCGAAUAAGAAGACGUAUGAGCCGGCAACACCUGCAAUGACGAAAUAUUACUAGAAAAGGCCAAGCUCUUCAGUAACUUUCAGUAACUACCGUAAAAAGACGCGCCAAAAAUGGUGGUAAAUGCGCACUCCGGAUUUGUUAGGAAAACACUUACCUGCAAGCAUUGCUCCUCCAAGAACUGCCUGAUAAACAAAUGGUACACCCAACCAGUUGAGCACACCAACGCUUGCAAACGCCAUUAUUGGUUGGAAAAAGUAUAACGUAGAAAGUGUGCACAUACAGAUGUCAAACAAUGCACAGAAUAGGUGAUUCAGAAAAAGUGGCAAUUGCAUUGGUUUCAUUCUUGGCGGGGUCUUUGUGAUAAUAAUGUAGAAAGCCAGGACUUGAACAGGUAAUGAACAAAAUUGAAUAAUGUGUAUUGGAUAGGCAACUGCUUGCCACGUGGCAAGAAUGUUAUAGGGUAGAUUACAUUUUGAGUAAUUCGUUGCGUAAUACUGCUCUAACGCUGUGGGCAUAGUUUAGACGUUAAUGGAAAAUUAAUAAAUCUUUCCGGACUAACUACAACAGGUGAUUUUCAUAUAACUUCUGUAAACUUUUGUUAAGAAUCGUUUAGAAAUUUAUAAAAUAAUGUCAUAAAUUGCGUCGAAAUAUCCGUUUGCCGAACAUCUAUUUGCCCGAAGUUUUCUAAGGAAUUUUUUAUACGACGGAAACAUUUGAACUGUGCCUUUUAAAUUUUUUCCUGUUUUUCAAAAGAUAUUUUCAUAGAAUUUGCUUAUUUUUCCAAAUAGAUGUAAGAACAUUCGUAGGAUGCGUACAAUGUUGCCGAUUAAAACUGAAAUUCUGAAAUUUCCAAAAAAAAAAACCAACAGUUUCAAAACCAGUUUGCAGAAAAUUUUCGGCGAUUGCCGUUUUUCCGGCAAAUUCGAGAAAUUGGCAAUGUGCCGGUUUGCCGAUUUACAUGAAGUUUUCAAUUCCGGCAAUUUGCCGAUUUACAAAAAAAUCGUUUGCCAUUUUUUCAAACGGUAAUGGCUUCCUCUGAAUGAAGUCGUUUUAUGGUAUUUUCGAUUUAAUAACAAUUCUCUGAGUUAGAUGAUUUUUUUGAAUACCUUGAAGCCGCAAUUUUCUCACUUUUAGAAAAAAAUUGAUUUUUCUUAUUCGAUUUUGUUAGCUUUCAAAUCUGACCAGACAGUUUUUGAUUUUUUGAUUUUAGGGCACAUAAAAGGUCUCAUCAAAAAAAACAGAUUUGAGUGUGUGUGGAAACAGCUAUGUAAACAUCACUGAAACAAGAAUGUAGGAACUAUGCAUGGAAACUUGGAAAUUAUCUCCAUAAGAAUCAAAACACGCGGUUUGCAGACUAUAAUAUUUGAAACCCGGCUGGUCAUACAUAACUUUCCUUUUGUUGGCUUGCACUUAAUCGUCUAGAGCAAAAGUAUAAAAGAGAUCUGAUUUGUUUUGAAAAGUAUCACUGGUUACAAUGAAGCUUAUCAUUCUCCUCCUGGCUCUAACUGCAGCUGCUCAUGCUGAUCGUCACUUUAAUCCACAACAUCGAUGGAACGCAGAAGCAAUUGAUAAUAUUGUUUUCAUUCAUAACAAACUAAGAAACGCUGCUUCGCAUGGACUUUGGGAACGCCACAGCAUCUCCAAAUCGUCAAACAUGCAACUACUGUCCUGGAAUGAGUCAUUGGUUGCGGAAGCCGAAAAUGAAAAGUACUACUGUGAACCUGCGGAUAACAAAAACCUACCUAUCAAACUUGGAGAUAACAUCUACCAAUACGAUGUCAACACUUAUGACGAUAUUGAUGGCGUUGGAGCAAUGGGAAGUAUUAAUAAGGAUACACACGAUGCGCUGAAAUCCGAAGCGAAAGCUGCAAAGAAUCGUCUUAGACAAAUGCUUUACUCCAAAUCUAAGUCAAUUGGAUGUAUCUACGAAAGUUGUGACAAGAUUGAUUCGAAGGGGAUCAACUAUAACACUCGCCUUUUAAUCUGCAAAUAUAGUCCUCCAUUGGAGAACAUUGAUGAGAAGCUGUUCGACAAAGGAGAGCCAUGCUCUAACUGCCCAAGUGGGACUUCGUGUGGAACUGAUCCAAAUGAAAUGAUGAAACUUUGUAAAUGAGUUCUUGAAAGUGUUUAAUAAAUUGGUCGAGCAUUAA